UCUUCCUUCUAAGCAAAAGACACAUUAUAUAAUCAUUCAGCCAUGCCAUCUAAAUAUAUUCAUUGAUCUGAAAAUGAUGGAUAAUAUUUGUAGUUUCAUAAAUGAACUGAAACCAGCGCUGGUGAUGGUUGUGGUUCAAGUGAUAUAUGCAGGAGGAACUAUAGUUUACAAACUAGCAAUUAUAGAUGGAAUGAGCUUCAGUAUUAUUGUUGCUUAUAGAUUCAUUUUCUCCACUGCGAUUAUGCUCCCCUUUGCUUUCUUUGUUGAAAGAAAGAGAAGGCCAAAACUAAAUUUGAUGGUACUCUUUCAAGCUUUCCUUGGUAGCUUAUUUGGGUGUACACUUUAUCAUCUUCAAUACUUGGAGGCAAUGGUCUUAACAUCAGCAACAUUUGUUACAGCCAUGAGUAACCUCAAUCCGGCUAUUACUUAUGUUUUGGCUCUUUGUUUUGGAUUAGAGAAGGUGGCCGGAAUAUGGACGCGGGCCGGGAAAGCGAAAGUGGUGGGAACAUUGAUCGGAAUAGUUGGUGCGAUGGUGCUCACAUUUUGCAAGGGAGCUGAGAUUAAGAUUUGGUCAACAAAUAUAAACCUUCUGCACCAAAAUGCACGACAGGCGCACCAUUCAGAAUCUACCAUUAAAACCCUCCUCGGCUGUUUACUGUCUUUGGGAGGUUGCUUUUUGUUUGGUGUCUGGUUGAUCAUUCAGGCUAAAAUGAGUGAACAAUAUCCAUGUCAGUAUUCAAUCACAGCUUUGGUGUCUCUAAUGACAGCAAUGGAGUCGGUUGUUUUUGCCCUUUGCAAGGAAAAGGAUUUGAGUCAAUGGAAGUUAGGCUUCAAUAUUAGGCUUCUAACUGUAGCUUAUACGGGAAUUUUUUCUGCUGGUUUUGCGAUGAGCUUGACGUUUUGGUGUGUGCAAAAGAAGGGACCUUUAUUUGUCUCUAUAUUUGGCCCUCUUACGCUUGUGGUAGUGGCUUUUGUUGCUUCAUUAAUUCUGGGCGAGAGCCUACACUUGGGCAGCAUACUAGGGGCAAUCUUGAUCAUAUGUGGGUUAUAUGCCGUGCUGUGGGGCAAAGCAAAUGAGACAAAGAAGAUAACUCAACUAAUGCCAUUGAAAGACUCUGAAGAAUCUCAGUCGACCAAGAUUGUUAUCAACUCUCCGACUGAAAACAUUUUCAACGAUAUUAAGAAUUAAGAACUGAACAGAAGGAGAAUGUUACCAUUUUCGAUCAAAUCAGAAGAAGAAAUUGAUACAGAAGAGAUAAAAGGGCCACGUAGAAUCUAAUUUGAUCAAAAUAUAUUAAAGUUAUGUAAUAUAUAGGUUACUAUAGCAAUUCGGAGUGGCCACAAGCUCUCUCUCUCUCUCUCUCUCUCUCUCUCUCUCUCUCUCUCUCUCUCUCUCUCUCUCUCUAUAUAUAUAUAUAUAUAUAUAUAUAUUGUUUCUGGUAGAAAAUGGAGGUAAAUAGUUGAGUUCACUUUAUAUGUGAAAGUCAAAUUCAUACAUUUACACCAACAUUUUAGAAAUCAUUUGUCUACUGGCAAUAGCAAAUGCACAGCAAAUAAUUGCCCGAUCAAAACCAGAAAGAAAUAAAUCCGUGAGUAAAAGGUACUGAAGAGCAAUAUGUUUUUUUAAACAUUAAGAAGGAAAAUAGAAUUUUAACAUGUAUUUUAAAUUUUAGAACUGAUUCUUUGUGAACUUUCAAAUAGUGUAAUUAAUUGAACAAAAGUUUUUAAAAAUCCAAAAAAUAGCAUGUUCCUUGCACGGGAGUAUUGUUAUCUGGGCCUACCCCGGCCCAAAUUAUUUUAGAAAUAUUUG